AUGACGGUCGAAACACUACCUGCCUGGGGAAUAUAUAUCGAGCUUCUUGGAAGAAUGGAUGUCAAUGAAAAUGUGGACGACCUUUUUGAUUAUGAUGCUGGGCUGGAUGAUAUUCUUCGCCAAGUAGAGCAAGACACAAACAAAACCACAGCUGCCAGCUCGAGUCAAGACCAGCCAAAUCCGGGGAAAGGGGUUCUUGGUAUUGAUGAUGAACUCCAAGUUUCGAGAAAGCGAGCACCGGUAGCUCAACUUGAUGAAGCAAGAUUGCUAACCGUUCUGGUACAGUUUUCUGAUGCUGGGCGAUUGCUCAACUUUUACCGGCUGUGGCUGGAUGAGUUAUACCCUCGUGCCAAAUUUACUGAUACCCUGGCUACCAUUGAGAAACUGGGCCAUUCUAAACGACUCCAGGUGAUGCGGAGAGAAUGGAUUGAUGAAGGGAAACCUAGGCCUGAGGUUGAUGAUGACGAUUUCCAAUUGGGCAAGGAACAAGAUCUCCCUACGCGAGAAAAGGAGAAUCAGCAGGAUGGAGCCCGCCUAAAGCCAGAAGAGGAAGACCUUUUCAUGGAUUCUCCACAUCCGGAGACAACCUUCUCCACGCAGGAUGCUGUAAAGUCUUUAUUCGGUGGGGAUGGCAAUGAACAGAGCAGCGUGUUGAACACUACAUCUAUAGAUAACAAACUCUUCGAGCGGGAGUGGAAUGACAAGGCGCUAGGCGAUCCGCCGAAAGACAAUAUAAGCCAUUCCGGGACUAAUAAGGUCCCAGCCGGCUUCCCUGAUGAGGAAGAUGACCUUGAUCGACUACUGGCCGAGGAUGAUAAUGGGAUCAAUAGCAACAGCAUUCGUAAGCCAAAUGCAGAAGCGUCCGCAUCCAACGCAGUUGCAGACGAUUACGAGAAUGACUGGGAGGCAAUGCAAGAGCAUGACAUGUAA